UCCGGACCCAUCGUGAUCAUGACUUGCAGAAUUUCCUGCAUUGUGGUGACGUAAUUAACGCGCGCCGGGUAUGAAAGCAUCAGCUAAGCUUCAUGAUCGAUCAUUAGGAGCUAAUAAAGAGUCACUCGUGUCCAUUUAUUAUUUGAAUUCUUCAGUCAGUUUCAAGUUAGAGAAAUGAAGGCCACAUACGAUCGGUUGAUCUGCAUGGUUAAUUGAUUGCAGCUUGCAUGCACUGUGCUUUUUGCUGUGGAGGAAACCUUGGACUACUGUUUUCCACAAGGCAGUCAGCAAAAUCGUCAGAUUGGUUGGCAGUUUUGAAGAGAACUCACGAUGGAGGGUACCACAGCGUCAGAAAUGGAAGACCCACUCAGCAUAUUAUGUCGGCAGAAACAGAUAGCAUUGCUACGUAGUCUUAUGGGAGAGCCGUCCCAUCCUACCUACCCGUCUGUGUUCAUAUACGGGCACGCCGCAACCGGUAAAACGCUUGUUGUUUCCACACUCCUCAAGACGUUGGCUCUCCCCCACGCCUUCGUCAACUGCAUAGAGUGCCAGACGACACGGCAGCUAUUGGACAGAAUCCUGGACCGGGUGGCCAAUCACGAGCCCAGUCCCGAGAACAACUACUGUAGCUUGAACCGUUGUGAGAACAUGAACACGUUUGUGCGACUCUUGAAGAAGACCACCGAGGACAGGGGAAUACAAAAUCAAACUGUUUAUAUUGUACUGGACAAAGCUGAGCGUCUUCGCAACAUGGACGGCAACAUUCUGCCGGCCUUCCUCAACCUUUCCCAGUUGUCCGGGUGCAACGUGUGCGUUCUCCUCCUCAGCCAGAUUGUCUGGGAGAAAUUCCUCUUUGGGUUCGGCUCCAAUCAUGUGGAGCCCUUCAUCAUCCACUUCCCAGAUUACACAAAGGGUGAGUUAUUGGAGAUUAUUGCCACAGACUGCCCUGAGGGUUACUCCGUGGAGUUCUACUCGUCCUACGUCAACUUGCUCAUGAGUAUCUUCUACAUGGUGUGCCGUGACCUGAACGAGAUUAGACACUUGGCUCAGCUGAACUUCCCAAAGUAUGUUGAGCCCAUCACCAAGGGGGAAGCAUCCGAGAAGGACUCGCACAAGCUGUGGCGGAACAUCGAGCCGCACCUGAAGAAAGCUCUGCAGACGGUCUAUCUCAGGGAGGUCACAAGCGAGCAAUGGGAGAAGUUCCAGCGCGCCGAGACCGGCCAGCCCGGUCAGCAAACCUCCCAGCCAGGCAUCCUGUCCGCCAGGGCCCAGAUGGAGCUACCCUUCUACUCCAAGUACCUGCUGAUUGCCGCCUAUCUGGCCUCCUACAACCCGGCCCGCUAUGACCGCAGGUUCUUCUCCAAGAACCACGGCAAGGUGAAGAAGAGCGCCGUGAAUCGCAAGAAGGAAACCAGCCAUCAGCUGCUUGGGCCGAGGGCAUUCCCACUUGACAGACUGAUGGCCAUAUUUUACAGCAUAGUGGACUCAAGGGUUGCCCCUACAGCCAACAUCUUUUCACAGAUUUCUUCACUGGUAACCCUGCAGCUGUUAGCACAAGUAGGACAUGAGGACCAGUUGGACACACCGAAAUACAAGUGCACCGUGUCGCUGGAAUUCAUCCGUUCCAUCGCAAGGACCGUGGGCUUUGAUGUCAUUAGAUACUUGUAUGACUUUGUAAAAUGAAAGGCAGAAUCGGUUACCAUUAUGUAUUUGGUUGAGUGAGGACAUUUGGGUAUUCUGUCCAACGAGUGACAUCCUUACCUCAUCAGAGCACCAAAUAUGGAUUCAAUAUGGGCCUGACCAAAUCAAACUGUACAAGAAGAGCCCAAAGUUGCUAGAGUUGGCAUUGUCUCAGCUAUUCAUAAGCAUCGAACCAAAGUCUGUUGCAGCUAGGAAAUUACCUCUCGCACAAACUUAAUCUGGCACAUGUUAACAGUCAUUCAGGUUUUGUUGUCAGACGAAAACUGACACGUAUAUGUCUGUUAUCAGGUUUCUAGGGAUACUUUUUCCAGUGAGAAAUCUCGACAGCCCCUGGACCUGUAGUGAAUUGAUAUACAGAUAUAACUGAGUUUCCAGUUUUCCUGCAGUACAAAUGGGAAGCAACUGUUGCACAUGGCUUGUUUAAUAAUGAGGUAGUCAGGUACGCACUGAUCAGGGCAGAAAUAUGGCAACGUUGCAUUCCCUGCUCAGAGUAAAUAAAUGUUACAUUGUUUUAUUUUGUGCAACUGAAAAUAUGAAUGACUGAAUUGCUCUAGAUUUGUCUCAAUUCGGAGUUUGUGAGAUCUCUGUUGUGCGAUGAAAUUCUUUCUUUGAACUGACACAAGAACAAGUUGUGGAAGAGUGUUACAUUUUCCACUCGCAUGUCUUGAAUAUUAAAUUUUGAUAUUGAAGUUUA